AUGGACCACUUCGCUCGCUCUCUUCAGCAACCCGCGAUACAGGCAAUCACUUUUGCUCCCCCAAACCAACCCCCUCCGGAUGGCUCCCGUUUCCUCAUCGACACUCCCCAGGAUCCUGAUAGGACCGACACUAAUAUUGCGUUCAUGAAGGGUCCAAAGCGCAAACGCCUAGCAAAGGCGUGCGAUGCUUGCCACAAAAGCAAACGACGAUGUGACGGAACAGCUCCUUGCAGCAACUGUUACUUCGCCUCCAAGAAAUGCACGUACACAGAUGCUUCGGGCAGACCUGUACCUGCACCUAGGCCGCGCAAAGGGGGUAACACAGACGCACCACCCGAUCCGCGUCAGGGUUCGUGUGUCACAUACCCGGAAAAUAUUCAGGGUAACCAACCAUCCUUCGUUGUUCAUGGACUACAGCAAGACGAGGUACUUGGGACCCAAGUCGACCCUGAUGAAGAUAUUCCAUCGCGCAAGCGGUUCAGGCCAGACCUUGGUCAGUCGACGUCUCCCGUUGAGACGUCUUUCAGAGGCUUGGCUCCACCCUCGUUGCCAAGCACUCAGCGCUCUUUGGAGCGUGACCCGUCACUCACAAGAGAGCUCGUGCACCUGUUCUUUGCACACCGCCAACCUCAGCGUAUGAUCAUCCACGAGCCUUCAUUUCAUCAUGCCCUAUCUCAUGGUCUCGUCCCUUCUUACCUUCUCCUUUCAAUAUGUGCCCUUGCUGCGCCUCUCUCGCAGCGUCCUUGUUUCAAGGAGGGGGGUUCAAGAUUUGCUGGAGAGGUGUUCUUCUCAGAGGCAAUGUCGAUUAUGUUUGAUAAAGGGCAAAACUUAAUUUGCGAGAGGAAUCUUGCAACUGCCCAGGCUCUAUGUUUGCUACAACUGCAUGAUCGAAUGGCCAAAUCAUCCUGGACAGGGCAAUAUCAUGUAUACGCACUUGAUAUCCUCGAACAACUGGGUGUGUAUCAGGCUGACAAUCCAAUCCUGACACCUACUCCUUCACUGGAGUUCAUUGAUGCGUCCAUCGAGCGGGAAUGCGCGCGUAGGGUUUUCUGGCUCAUACAUAUAUCCGAUGCUCUGGGGUCUGUUCUCUACCGACGCCCUAUCUUAGCAAAGGAAUCGCAAUUGAAAUUGCGUCUCCCUGUAGAUGAGACAACCUUCUUGUUCACUGUACACGAUGCUGUCCCAGAAUAUCUGGACAAACCCAGUCCUUCAUCGAGAUCCGAGACCGGGCAGUUAAUCCGUGUCCUCUCUAUACACGAGAGGAUAGAGAAGACCAUGGAUGAAUUCAACAAGCGCGAGUCCGGCAGACAUCCCGUCAACGCAUUGUUGGAUCUUGACACCAAACUCAACGCGUGGGACGAAUCGCUUCCUGACAGUCUUUGUUUCACCGACGAGAAUCUUGCUAUUCAAAUGUCGUUGUUUGCCACGAGUUCCAACGUGGGAGCGUGGUGCUUCUGUGCUAUGCAUAUUAUCCACUGCUCGUGUGUUUUUGCAUUGAACCAGGCUAGAAUGCGUUGUCGUACAGCUAUGCCUGGAGGUCCAACGUGGGCGCGCGAGCGCCUGAACAAUAUUCUCGCUGCUUUAGGUGACAGAGCGAAAAAAAGUAUCAUCCUGGGAGUUGCAAUUUGGCCCUUGUCCAAAUACUGUGGAGAUAAAAGCCAAGGACUUAUGGAAUUAUCUAGUGAGUUUGAAGAGGCGUUUGGUGUUCGUAUCCAAGACUUGGCUCCCCCGGUACCUGACCACACCGACGACGUACAACCUGCGGAAGGCAUGCAUCCAGUAGCAUCCAACUCUGGCGGAUCUCAUGGUUCUACACCCGUUUCCAGCAACUCGCUGGAUGCCGCAGCACCCCAACUAGCUGCAUCUCCGGUAUAUACACCGCCGGGUCGCCCAUCUCCUGAUGCCCGGUUCUUUGGCCAGCCUUCUUUUGGUGAUGUUCGAGCCCAUGCACAUCCGCCUCAUCCACCACAACCUGAUCCCAGAGAGAAGAGAAACAUUCCGCAUGAUGCCAAUAUCGAUCCUGCCUUACAAAUGCCACCAAAUUCUAGACAAAUGAAUACGGAGCCAGUUUCUGCCGUAUCCCCGGCACUUUCGUUACCCUCACUGAAGUCGAGCGGUCUUUUAGAUUGGCAACGAGCCAACGAAGGCAAUUCAUCACCUUCGUCAGCAAGUUGGCAAGCGUCCGGGCAACAUCUCCCAGCCCCUUGCCAGGGCUCACGAGACACAACUGGGCCACCCUUUCCUUCAGCCUCGCACAUAGAUUACUCUACUCGUCCUGCAAUGGCCACGGCUUCAACUAGCAUGCCUGUCGGUUUACCGUGGCUGGCCAGCGAGUCGACUGUCUCUAGGUUAAGCUAG